AAACAGCCUUGAUUCCAGUCUGAUGCGGUUUGUGUGUGUUGUACCCGCCCUACAUUCGUCUUCUUCGCACUCUUGAGACUUACUGAUACUCCUUUCGCUAGCCGAACACAGCAUGGUGAAUGAGUUUGUUCUGAGUUUAUUUGUCUUCGCCACAUUUUCAUCUGGUGUACUAAGUCAGUUCACUGGACCAGAUGAGAUAUGUCCUGGAGAUGAUGUCACAUUCACUUGUGUAGUAGACAGUGGAGCUACCCGCUGGACUGUCAGUCCUGGAGGAGAGUUCGCAGUGUGUACAUAUCUCAGUAGUGCCCCAGAUCCAGACACUUGUGGACCAAAUGGGAGGUUUAGAUCAUCUCGAACUGAAGGCAGUGAGACUGCUGCCAACUCUUCUCUGAGUGUUGUCUCAAUAACUGAGGAUCUCAAUGGAACAAUGGUGGAAUGUGCUGAUGGUAAUAAUGUUACUGACAUCAUUGGCACAGACGACAUCUGUAUCACUGGAAAUGCCUCAGCCCCACCAUUUCUAGCUGUCACUGUUACUGAGAUUAAUGAGGCUGGUUGUACUCUGGAUGUGAGCUGGAGUGAACCUGUCAUCAGUUGUGGUGGCUCUGUGUCUCAGUAUGUGUUGACCCUGACUCCACCCACCUCUGAUUGCCAGUCAUCUGGAGACUGUAUGGUCAUGGAUGGUAGUUCAGUCAUCACCACACCUGGUACUCAGACCCAGUACACUUUCAAUGUCGAUGUCAGUCAGAGUGACAUUACUGUCAGAGCUGACACGUGUGAUGGGUCAAUGACUGGAGAGAUUAGCUCUACAAACACAGCCAACUUAACUGGUAACGUCACUACCCAAACUUCACCUACCACUACAUGUACAAUAUAAUGUCCAGUGAGACAUCUCUGGAUAUAGACUCCAUCAUCGUCAACUGGCCUAGACAGGUACUUGGGAGUGACACAGACUACAGAGUUGUCAUCAGUAAUGGAUCUGGAGUUGAGACAACAGUUGAUAUUGUCACUGCAGACAGCUGCACUGGAGACAACUGCAGCUACACCUUUUCCUCUGACAGCAUCACUACCUCAUAUUCUGUGGCUGUGGUGGUCCUGGGUUGUGGCACCCAGACAGUGGAGGCUCUCGACAUCUCCAUUUUUUGUGAUCCAAGGGAUUUGAUGAUACCCGGCGUUAUUUGGACUCAAGAGGCAGAUUUUAACAAUGGUCUGGGUAUCUACUCAUUCUCUGGAGGAAAUGUGACAUUUGAUGGAGUGUCUCUGGGAUCUACUGCUACCUACACCACCAAUGAACGUUACCUUGUUAAUGGAAGUCAAACGUUCAUGAGCAGAUGUGGAAAUGAUAACUGGGUUCUUCCAUCACAAGGGAUUGAAACAGCUUGUUUGCCGAAUGAUCUACUGUCAUGUAACAAUCCAACUGCUGCCAAUGCUAGUAACAUGCUGUGUUGUAAUCUCAAUAGUUUAUGUUCAACAUACACUGGAUUACGAUUGGGAGUACUGCAAACUACACUACUUCUCAUGACUACUGCAUCAUGAGUGAUUCACCAAUACUAAGAUCAUGUGUUGACAUGUUAUGGAGUGGAGAGACACCUACUGAAACAACGGCCUCUCGGCUCGAGCAGUUGAGUCCUGCCGACAUUGUACUGAUAGCACUGGGGCUCAUAUUCUUCCUUGCUGGAGUGGUUAUUUCUAUUGUAGUGGUAGUGAAAACAUGGCCACAGGGAGCUACAAAGGAAGGUGGAAAAGAGGCUCUCAAACGGUGCUGCCGAUUGUGUAUCCUAAGCUGCUGCUGCCCAUGUUGGAUUCGAUGUGUCGUUCUGAUGAUGCUGUGUCCUCCGUUAAUACUUGCAAUAGUGCUGCCUGGUUUAGAGGCUAUUCCGUGGGUUGCAUCCUUCAUCUAUGCAGGUAUAAAUGAUUUCACAGUUGAUGGUGGAGAUUAUAGAAACGGCACUUCUCUGUGUGCAAGCCCCAGUGGAAGUAAUGCAGUCAGAGAUGCCCUGUUUGCGGUUAGCUUCGUCAUUUCCCUGCUCAUCUUCUUGUUCUGGCUGGUCUAUCUCAUCUAUGCGAUAUACAAAAAAUACCACUCAAAGCAGGAGAAACCUGAUAAUGGUGGUGAUCAUGAGCCCAUAGAAAUGAGUGAAACAUAUGAUGUCAUACAGCGUAACACGCAACCUACCCAGAAGCUGCUGAGUGACACUGACCCAGCCUAUAAAAAACUUGAAAAGCGUGGUGGUGCUGAGGAGCCAGCUCACUAUGGGAAGCUGGACCACAGUGGCAAGAAGACUGCUACAGUUGCUCCAGCAGUUGGUGAGGCUGAGUAUGGGAAACUUGACAGGACCCAGAUGCAGCCAGAUGAACCAGGUCACUACGGUAAACUAGACCACAGCGGCAAGAAGACCAACACACUGCCUGUGGCUGAUCCUGGCUCCUCUGAAUAUGGGAAACUAGACCGGACCCAGAUGGAAGAUCCUCUCCACUAUGGCAAACUGGACCAUCCCGGGAAGAGAGGAGCCACUCUACCUGGUGGGGUAGCUCCCACUGACGCUGCCAGCUAUGGGAAACUGGACAAUACCCAGAUGCAGGCUAGUGGCAGCUCUGCCAGAAGUGGUGACAUGUAUGACACAGUGUCCCACGAACCUCGUCACAAAGUCCCUUCCUCAAAGUCGAAGAGACAGCACUCUAGCAGUGGUGAGGAGGCCGUCUCUACUGUAGUCACAUGUCAGUAGGAAUGUCCAUAGAUUCCAAGCAAACAGAAAUUAGCUUUGAAAAUAAUUGUUGUAAAAACAUGCACUUUCAUUAUCCUCACUGAUUAUGUAGCUUGUUACAUGUGUGUGUGUUGCAUACACUACUGUAUAUAAGGAAAUCGUGCUUAAUCAAUUUUUGUUUGGUUUGUUGUCAUCACAUUUACAUUAUGUAAUUGUCACAGUUGUACAUAAAAAAUGUGUGUAAAUUAUUGCGUAAAUUCUAACUGCGCAUCACUAAGCAAAUCAAAAUUCAGUGAGAAAGGAGUUAAAUGUUUAGUUGAGUCAUCUAAGGGUUAAAGCUUCUCUCAACGAGGCGGUUUAUACAACGCCCCUUGGGGAAUUCACUGACACUGGCAUGCAUACACACAGUUGCUAGUGUGCCGCCGCGCGCCGCCACACCCAAAAUCUCGCGCGCCCACGUGCAAUUUCGCAUCGAAACUGGAACGUGGCCCAACCGGAACGGUCUCGAAAUCAGCGGUUCAGAAUGGAGGAUUUGUGUAGGGACACUAGUAAAGGGGGCACUAAAUGGAACACCGAACGUGCAGCGGU